AUUAACACGACAUUCUAAUUAAUAGGUCUAAUUAUUUGGGUGUAGUAUUCUCUGUGUUCGCAACACACUGUUGAUUUAAACUUGUGAAAAACUGUGAAUUAACUUUUAUUGUAAUUUCAGGUUUGAGAAAGCUUUCCAUUCGGUGUAGAAAACUUCAAGGUAUGGCUGCUAUAGUUACCCAAGAGCCCACUGGUGUUAUGGCAGGUGUACUGAGUGGACCACUGCAAGCACAGGCCCCUCUGCUCCCUGGUCCUCUGCCCUCCAGAGUGUUACACCCAGAUGAGCAGCUCCAGCGAAACCAGCCCUUAUACGUUCCCACUGUCCAGCCUCAUUUCCCAUAUCAAUGGUCCAUGUCAACACCAUAUGUUCCCUACAGUGGACUUCAUGGGUUAGGUUAUGGCAUGAUGCCACUAUUACUUCCACCAUGUUUGGAAGUCCCUGGAUACAUGAUUCCUCAUGCUCAACUGCCCAUAUUGGACUACAGGCAUAUAACUCCCCGUGUGGCUCCAACUAUUGCCCACCAGACCCACCGCUCCCAUUUCCAAAACAAUGUGCCCAUUGGUCGUGUAAUGGUCAGCUCAGAGGUGCAAACUGAACCCCUUUGUCAUAGCAUAGACUCACAUGGACAUGCAGCAAGAUCCCAAAAUUGUUCUGAAUCAGGUAGGGGUACUGGCUGUGGUAGUCCAGUGUCAACAUCACCCUGCUCCUCAGAUAACAAAUCUGUAGCUUGCCCUGAAGGUACAUCCGUGCUGACUCAAAAUUGCAACGCCACCAAUGCUAAUUACACUACUGGUUUAUCUGCUGUUCCCAAGAGUGAAGUCCUCCAAGCUGAACGGGUGCAAAUCAAAUGCAGCGAAAUGCCUUCUGGGCUUAAGAUCUUUCAGAACAUGGAACUAGCUGGUCAUAACGAAACUGACCUUUUGCAGUGUAGCUUGGCAUCUGUACAAUCUUCAGAGGAUGUCGUCUUGUGCUCUUACCAGUCAUUAGCAUUAAGGAAGGAUAAACAGAGGGUUGAAGCUGGGAUGUUAAGAUACUCCAGUAAGCAUUGUCUCCCUGCUUGUACAGAAGUUAAUGUAACUUCUCCAUCUUGUAGAACUUUUAAAACAUAUCCUAAGCCAAGCAGAUCCGUCAUUACCCAAAGCAUUAAAGCAAAGAAAAAAUCAGAAAUGCCAUUUCAGGCAGAGGUAAAGGAAAAUGGAAACUCUUCCAAUGUUCACUUUAAGAUUCUGCGGCUGCCAUUUGACAUACAGAACCAUAACCAGCCUUGUCAGCUUGAGGCUUCUAUCUGGUCGGUAGAGUCUUUGAUCCCGUAUGUGCCUUCCAGUGAGUGGAUGAUAGAGAAUGGUCUUCUAACCCCUCAGAAACCUUUGAGCCCACUGAUUGAACCCAGUGACAUUAUCUCAAAGCCGAAUUGUGUUCCUGUAGGAAAGAAUCUACAAACUGACGCAUCAACUAAAAAUCAUGGUCUUCCACAUCAACUAGAAGCCUCUAUCUGGUCGGUAGAGUCUUUGAUGCCAUAUGUGCCUUCCAGUGAGUGGAUGGUUGAGAAUGGGUUUCUAACUCCUCAGAAACCUCUGAGCUCCCAGAUUAAACCCAGUGACGUUCUGUCAGAGCUGAAUCGGUCUUCCACUAGUGCUGUUUCAGUAGGGGAACAUCUACAAACUGGUGCAUCAACAAAGCGUGUGAACUCCCUCAAGGCCUGCUCACCAUACCGUCCCUCAACAAGCUGGCUGGCUGACUUUGGUAAUGUAUACUACUACAGUAAGUUACCCGUUGUACGACAACAGCCUAAUGUUCCAGAGAGGCAACUACCAAAGAUGUCCUUUGCCAUUAGUCUUGAAUCUUCUCCUCUCAGAAAUGGGAAAGAGACCAGGGACCAAAGACCAGUAAUUGGUGUCUCAGAUCAGAAGCAAAGAUCAUUUCAUACUUGCAAGUACAAAGCAAAAAGCAGUCCGAGGCUUGCUGGAUCUGCCAUGACGUGUGGUUUGGUUUCUCAUUCCACACUGGAGAAAAAACUUCCCUUCUGCCCAUCAUGUAGAUAUGACACAAAAGGAAAGGAUCAUAGAAAGCUUUCCUUUUCAGAUGGUCUUGGCUGCAAAAGAGAAGAGAUUGCUGAAGUGAAAACCUUUGACAAGAAGAGGGCUACUGAUGGAGUCCAUGAUACCCAAAAAAUGAUUUUAGGAAGUCAUUUGGCAAAAUGCUGUGCUGCUUAUCAGCCUAAAAUAAAAGAACAGACUGGAUUGUGUGAAAACUGCCAAUGCCUUAAUAACAGCCCUGCUCAAGAUAAAUGUGUUGACCUUGAAUGGAGAAUUUGGGAAACGAGUGGGGAAGACUGGAUUAUCAACCCAAAUAAGAGAUUGUUACAGAGACUGCAGAAAGACAAUGCAUGGAGAAGUAUGCAGGCAUCUAAAACUGAAAGAAGGAUCCGGAAAAAAGAAAGAGAAGAAUACACGCAAGAGCUCACACAAGAGGGAGACACAGUGCACACCCCAUGGAGAAAGUGAACACGCAUUAAUGUCACAAAUGUUUAAACCCGUUCGUCACUCAAAUACUUAAGUGUCAUUUUUAUGCAGUGAUUUAAUAAAGUACUUAUGACUGUAAA